AUGGUCCGAAAAGCCAUUGCCUGGUUCAAGAGCCAGCUACCGAGACUCGAUCCAACGGACCUGCUACCGUUAGGUAUUGAAGUAAAUAAAGCAGCCGUAAUCUGUGGGAACGCUUCCACACCCAACCUCUUGAUAUUGGAAUUCAAGGAAGCUGAGGGUACUUUCGGGAUUGUCCCGUCCAAGUCUAAGUUCGAUAUUCAUAAGCAACUUCUGAACAUCAAGUUCAAGAACGUGUCUUCACAUUAUGUGGACAACACUAGCUUCCAGUCUCCUAUGGCUGAAUUUGGACAGAAGGUAGAUGAGAAGGUCAAGAACUCCAAUCUGCGCCCAUACCUAUCCUAUCACGCCUUCUCCAAACUAUGGCGUCGUCUGAAACUAUCGCGGCUGGUGAAGUCUGAACCCAGUAAAUGGAUUCAGGCUCAUGGCGUCGGUAUACGUGCGUGGUGGAGGACCAACAAGGGCGGCGAGAUUAUCAGCCCCGUAGGGCCCGAAGCCUUGAAACUUGAGUACGCGGCGGAACGUCAUGUCCUCGAGGCUCCCGAGCUGGAGCUCCUUUAUUACGCUGACGUGGUUGGUACCGUCCCACCGCUAGAGGCUCAGAUCAGAACUGGGUCUGCGGACUUCGAGAUCGGAAAUGGUGAUCUAGCUCCGGAAUGGGGCGCUGAGAUUAUUGUUCAUGGCGGCUUUGUGCGCUACGGCCCGUGGGCAGAUCGUCAAAGGACGGAAUUACAACGUGUUUUCUUUCCUCCGUCGUAUCACGACAUGCAGCCCACCGCCUUUCUUCGGCCUGGCGACAAGCGGAUGUGGACAACGCUCAAGGUCUUUGUGGAGCUUCGAGGCGGCACUACCCUCCACAUACCGUUUCGCGAGGCAUCCAAGAAUUGGAUGUGGGAUGGCUUGGUGGACGUUCCUCGGCCGAAAACACGAGAAGCUGCCCAUAUUCAUAUUAAGGCCGGGGAUGGCUCUACAAUCAGUUACACGGUGCCCAUGGUAAUUAGCCCCGGCGGAUACGAGGGGCAGUUGGAGGUUCAUCUAGAUGAUGUCGGAGUUACGUCCACGCUCAACGAUAUCCGGCUGCUGAAGGCUGAAUCCUGCCGGGUUCGAUGCGAAAUGCCUACACCAUUAGCAUGGAACGCAGAGCGGCUAUGGUCCUUCUCGAUUUCUUUGCGCCAGCCUGUCUUUUACCUCAUACGCGAUCAUAUCAAUAUGUUCACUGACUUGGCCAAAGAUUGGACUUCCGGCCCUCCGGGUGACUACUACCGGUUCGUGCCCAUGCGCUAUGCUGCCAAGGUCGACUUCCACAAAUAUGAGAUAAACACCUACGUCAAUGACCACAACAUCAUCGACAAGCCAUUGCUCAAGGAUGAGAAUGCCCUGAUGACCUUCAAAGGCACCAGUUUCAGGACCAAGAUUGACAUUGAUUCCAGCAAAUUCCGCCCCAUAUGCACCGACGUGCCAUUUUGGAUAGAAACUCCUGACGUCACGGUAGAUCUCACAUUACCC